UUAGAAAUGGCUUCAAGGUUUAGUGGGGCGUUGCAAUUGACUGACCUUGACGAUUUUAUCACUCCGUCUCAGGAAUGCAUUAAACCAAUAAAAAUCGACAAGCCUCGAGGAAAGACGGGAGCUAAGAUUAAAAUUGGUGAGGAUGGCUAUUUCGACAUAUCCGAUGGGAGAGAGCAAAAGUUGCAGAAAGUAGAGAUCACAUUGGCCGAUUGCCUGGCCUGCAGUGGGUGCAUCACAUCUGCUGAGAGUGUGCUGGUCACUAAGCAGAGUCAGGAAGAAUUACUCAGAGUUUUCUCAGAGAGAAAAUACACAGACAAUAUGGGAGUGACAAAAGACAUAAGUUUGGUUGUGAUAUCACUGUCACCUCAGCCCGUACUAUCUGUUGCCGUGCGUUACAAACUUACUCCAGAAGAAGCAACUAAAAAGUUAGCAGGUUACCUGAAAAGCCUUGGCGCAGACUUGGUGCUCGAUAUGACGGUGGCCGAGGACCUGUCUUUGUUGGAGGUUCAACAGGAGUUUGUACAGCGCUACCAAGAGCAACAGAACAAUCCUGCAGCUAAGCAUUUGCCAAUGCUUGCUAGUUCUUGUCCAGGUUGGGUGUGCUACGCAGAAAAAACACACGGCUCCUUCAUACUACCUUAUAUUUCGACUACAAAGUCGCCUCAACAAAUAAUGGGUUCAUUGGUCAAGCAGCAUCUCUCGAAGCUAAAAGAGGUGACGCCAGCCGAAAUAUACCACGUCACGUUUAUGCCGUGUUACGACAAGAAGCUAGAAGCGUCCAGGGAAGAUUUCUAUAGCGACAUUUUAAAUUGUCAUGACGUCGAUUGUGUUAUUACUGCCAUUGAACUAGAACAAAUGCUAGAAACCAACGGAAUACCACUCAGCGACAUGCCAAAUAUAGACCUGGACUGGCCUUGGAGCAGCGAAGGAUCGCCGAUGGUCAGAAGACACACAGGCUCAGGAUCAGGGGGAUACGCUGACCACGUGUUUCUGUACGCGGCUGAACAGCUAUUUGGACAAAGUGAUGUGCCACUUGUUUAUAAGAAUCUCAGGAAUCCAGAUUUCAGAGAGGUAACACUAGUGAAAGACGGCAAAGAAGUAUUAAAGUUUGCAAUAGCGAACGGGUUCAGGAACAUUCAGAAUCUGGUGCAGAAAUUAAAGAGAGGAAAGUCGCUCUACCACUAUGUUGAGGUCAUGGCUUGCCCAUCAGGUUGCCUAAACGGGGGAGCUCAAAUACGACCAGUGUCAGGUGAAAGCAGUCGUGAAUUAGUCCAACAGCUUGAACAGCUGUACGCAGAGCUGCCCCAAGCGAUACCCACAGAGAACAAACUAGCUAACAAGCUUUACGCUGAUUGGCUGGAUGGAAAAGACUCGGACAAAGCUCACGCUGUUUUACACACGGGUUACCACGCAGUUGAAAAGACAGAUAUCGCUCUUAAUAUUAAGUGGUAAUAGAAAAACACAUCGAGUGUUUUAUGUGUGCACAAGACAAAGUGAUAAUCCAGUGUUAAGUAAUGUUUACGAAUAAUUUUUGAAAGUGAAAUUGCUCCACUAGUUUGUUAUAAUUAUUGAUACAAAGAUCGAACACUUAAGAAAAAUUCCUUCGAUAGCUGUAUUCGGACCAGCGCUUUCAAGCAUGCCGUGCCAGACGCUCUGCUAACCGAGCUACCAAACGAACCACCAGACCUUACGAAUUUUUCUGUGCUUAUUGCAGAUCUUUGUUUAUGGUUUUUCAACGCCUAUUUUGCAUUCUGUAAUCCAUAAUACCGCUGGUAGCUGUAAAGGUAAAUACAAAGACAAGACAAUAAGCACAUAGAAAAAUUCUUGAGACCCGCUGGUUGGUUCCGUGGUUUAGUUGGU